UUUAGACAUCAUUCCGUUUUUUGACGGCACACAAAUUUUGAUCUUGGUGGCAACGCUGCCAACAUAUGUGUGCACUAGCAUCGAUAAUUUUUUACAUCCCUAUUUUGAACCGCAGAAUUCUAGAAAAUUCCACUCGCUGGCCAUUGGAAUUGUCGGAAUUAGUUAAAACAAAGAUUGCCGGAUUAAAAUUCCACCCACAUCUUCCAGCUUUCCAUACAAUUGAAGACAGUUGACCAUAAGAAACCGAUGGCCAAGUGGGGAGAAGGAGAUCCGCGCUGGAUUGUGGAGGAGCGGCCCGACGCCACCAACGUGAACAACUGGCACUGGACGGAAAAGAACGCAACGCCAUGGUCCAAGGACCGCCUACAUCAGCUUUUUCAGGGUUUCAAAAUAGGGCACAGCGACAUUGAGUGCGCCGUGGACUCCGUGGACAAGUGCUCUGGGGAGGCCACCGUAAACAAUCGCAAGGGCAAGCUCAUAUUUUUCUACGAGUGGGAGUUGGUCCUCAAAUGGUCCGGAAAACUCCUCAAGAACAGCAAGUUGAGCCACAAGGGCAAGUUGACCAUUCCCAAUCUCUCCGAGGAGAACGAACUGGCGGACGUGGAGAUCACGGUAACAAUCGACGAGUCCAACGACGAGUCGGAGACCCUAAAACAGUUCAUGUACAACGUGGGACGAGAUCGCGUGCGGCAGCAGCUGGCUUCAUACAUCCGCGAGUUAAAGGAGGAGUACUCGAAGAACCUGAUCCUACCAAAGAAGGGCGACGAGGCCGGAGCGGGAAAUUCUGUGGCGAAUUUUAAGGAUGCCAACCAUACACGUGAUGCAGUUCAAAAUAUAGCCUCAAACCCCUCGGUGGCGGCUCCUAGACUCAACAUCUCUGGCAUCGGCUGUAAGCUGGACGUUCGCACUCUCUCGAUGACCGAGGAAUUCCACUGCAGCGCUAACGACCUUUACAACGCUCUCACAAAGCCGGAGAUGGUCACCGCUUUUACGAGGGCACCUGCCAAAGUCGAUGCCGUGCGCGGUGGCGAGUUCAUUCUUUACGGAGGCAAUGUGCUAGGAAAAUUCGAAGAGCUCGUCCCGGAAAAAAAAAUUAAGCAGAGCUGGCGUCUGAAAAACUGGUCAUCUGGUCACUACUCAAACGUUAUAAUAGAGCUGGAAGAAACUUCAUCCAGCACAAUGAUGUCGCUUAAGCAGACCGGGAUUCCCGCGUCCGAAUAUGAUGCGAUGAAAACAAACUGGUACCGAUAUUACUGGCAUAGCAUCAAACAGACCUUUGGCUUCGGUACCUCAAUAUCUGAUUCCUUAUAAGAGGUCGCUGUUAUUGCGGAUUGCACUGAAUGAUUGAGGUCUUGGUGGAUGGCGGAUCAUCAAUGGAUUUUUAUUUGUAUUCAUCCUAGAGUACUGUAGGAAUUUUAUUUCCAAUCAUAGCUGUAAUUUCUGUUUAUCCUAAAAGGCUAUUUCAAAUCCACAGCGGCUCGAUUGAAGAACCACAUUACUUACAUAAAAUCAAUACAAUUCAGGCAUUCGACAUUGAUUUCACACAUUGAGAAACAAUAAACGAAAAUUUAAAACAAAUUGUUUAUAAUUUCAGAUUGUAA